AUGCAUCAAUUCGAAAGAACUCCUGGCAUCUGGCAGCACCCCACACCACAGCAGACAUUUCCCGAAGUCGAGUCUGGAAAACCAAAGCAUGACUACCUCCGCCAACGUCUUCGCUCCUUACCUCCGGAGAAGGAUGUCUCAUCAGAACCUGCAACUGUUGACGUCGCAGCGGCAUUCUUUAGUCGCUUGAACAAGCCCGCCCAGAUUGUCAAGCCGAAUACCAAUUUCCUGCAUCUAACCCCAGCGACUAUCUCAUCGAGCGGCAGCGCCGAGGAUUUGUCCCUCCUAGAUAAGCUGAAGCGCGAAUACAGCUUGUAUGCGGCUGAGCUUCAUGAGGAGACGGUGAAUCGCCUCCAAGGGGUACACUCCAAGCUUGGGGCCGUCGCUUCCUCUACUAGGGACCAGGACGAAGCUUUCCUUGCCGCUAUUACAGGAAAGAAGAGCCUUGUUCGCUCUCUCAACGCAUGUCGCACCCAGUAUGAGUGCAUAGAUGAAAAGACUGGCCGAAAAUCCACGGAGGUCGCGAGUAUCGGCGAGUGCAUCGGGUCCUCUGCAAAGCGUCUCACAGUACUCGAGACAGAGGUCCAGCAGCUGUGGGACCAAUGGGAGAUUGCGCAGAACGAGAUCUUAUCUAUUCUAGGAGAAAUGGCGAGCAAGGAAGUUCGGGGUGGUCAUCAUCAGAAUGGAGACGUUAAUGGAAUCCCCAUACUGUCAGCUACAACUUACGCUGAGUUCAACAAGGACUUCAAGGAUAUGGAGAUGGAGUGGGAGCACAUGGCACAAAGCUUCAUGAAAAAGGCCAAAGCAACAGAGAAUAACGCAUACAAGGCUGGGUGCGGUGCUAUCGCUGGUCUGGUGCAGCAAAAGAUGCUAGCUGAUUGA